AUGGGGGCAAAUCAGAUUAAGAGCGUUUCGACCAGCAAGGACAUGAAGCUGAAGCUGUACCCACAGCAGGCUUUAUUUUCUCCAGUGAAGAAAGAUGUAUUAGCAGGAUGUAAAGAUCCCCUUGAACCUAUGAGAACACCGAAAACAUUGAAGAUUGCUGAGAUCCGGGCCAGACACAUUGCUGUGGAUUGGGAAUCUCUGGGUUACAACAUCACUCGUUGCCACACUUUCAAUGUCACUAUAUGCUACCACUACUUCUGCGGACACAACGAGAGCAAGGCAGACUGCUUGGACAUGGACCCCAAAGCACCCCAGCACGUGAAUGUCAGCCUCAAAAUGAUCUUAACCAACCCAGAAGGGAGGAAGGAGAGCGAAGAGACCAUUAUUCAGACAGAUGAAGACGUGCCAGGCCCUAUACCUGCCAAGUCAGUGAAAGGAACUCCUUUUGAAGAUAAGAUCUUCCUCAACUGGAAGGAACCUGUGGAUCCAAAUGGCAUCAUUACUCAGUAUGAGGUCAGCUAUGGCAGUAUACGGUCGUUUGAUCCUGCAGUUCCAGUCGCAGGACCUCCGCAAACUGUGUCGAAGCUGUGGAACAGCACACACCACAUCUUCUCACACUUGCAUCCUGGUACUACUUACCAGUUUUUCAUACGUGCAAGCACCAUCAAAGGGUUUGGACCAGCAACCACGAUCAAUGUAACAACCAACAUCUCAGCUCCCACUUUACCGGACUACGAAGGAGUCGAUGCAUCUCUCAAUGAAACUGCUACUACGAUAACUGUACUCUUGAGACCAGCACAGGCCAAAGGUGCACCUAUCAGUGCCUACCAGAUUGUUGUUGAGGAGCUGCACCCGCACCGAACAAAGCGAGAAACGGGUGCUAUGGAGUGCUACCAAAUCCCCGUCACCUACCAGACCGCUCUUAGUGGAGGGUCACCCUACUACUUUGCUGCUGAGCUGCCCCCAGGAAACCUGCCAGAGCCAGCCCCCUUUACCGUGGGUGACAACAGGACUUACCAGGGCUUCUGGAACCCGCCGCUGGCUCCUCGGAAAGGCUACAACAUCUAUUUCCAAGCCAUGAGCAGUGUUGAGAAGGAGACCAAAACUCAGUGUGUUCGAAUAGCUACAAAAGCAGCAGCAACAGAAGAACCUGAGGUGAUUCCAGAUCCAGCUAAACAAACAGAUCGAGUGGUGAAAAUAGCAGGAAUAAGUGCUGGAAUUCUGGUAUUCAUCCUGCUUCUCCUUGUUGUCAUAUUGAUUGUCAAAAAAAGCAAACUUGCAAAGAAGCGCAAGGAUGCCAUGGGGACCACUCGCCAGGAGAUGACACACAUGGUGAACGCGAUGGAUAGGAGUUACGCUGACCAGAGCACCCUGCAUGCAGAGGAUCCCCUUUCAAUCACGUUUAUGGACUCCCAUAACUUCAGCCCCAGAUUGCCCAAUGAUCCACUUGUGCCGACAGCUGUGUUAGUGCCUAUUACUGAUGAAAAUCACAGUGCAACAGCAGAGUCCAGCCGGCUCCUGGAUGUCCCUCGUUACCUCUGCGAAGGCACAGAAUCCCCAUACCAGACUGGGCAGCUGCACCCUGCCAUCAGGGUGGCUGAUCUCCUGCAGCAUAUUAACCUAAUGAAGACCUCUGACAGCUAUGGAUUUAAAGAGGAAUACGAGAGUUUCUUUGAGGGGCAGUCAGCUUCUUGGGAUGUCGCUAAGAAGGAUCAAAACAGAACAAAGAACCGCUAUGGAAACAUUAUAGCAUAUGACCACUCCAGGGUGAUUUUGCAACCUGUUGAAGAUGAUCCAUCUUCAGAUUACAUUAAUGCCAACUACAUAGAUAUUUGGCUGUACAGGGAUGGAUAUCAGAGACCAAGUCACUACAUUGCAACCCAAGGUCCAGUUCAUGAGACUGUGUAUGACUUUUGGAGAAUGAUAUGGCAGGAGCAAUCAGCUUGCGUUGUGAUGGUCACAAAUUUAGUGGAAGUUGGGAGAGUCAAGUGCUACAAGUACUGGCCUGACGACACAGAAGUUUAUGGGGACUUCAAAGUGACUUGUGUAGAGAUGGAGCCCCUUGCGGAGUACGUCGUCAGGACCUUCACUCUGGGAAGGAGGGGCUACAAUGAAAUCCGUGAAGUUAAACAGUUUCAUUUCACUGGCUGGCCAGAUCAUGGAGUUCCUUACAAUGCCACGGGACUGCUUUCAUUUAUACGGAGAGUCAAAUUGUCUAACCCUCCUAGUGCGGGCCCUAUUGUUGUCCAUUGCAGUGCUGGUGCUGGACGAACAGGUUGUUAUAUUGUGAUCGAUAUCAUGUUAGAUAUGGCAGAAAGAGAAGGUGUUGUGGAUAUCUACAACUGUGUCAAAGCCUUACGGUCCCGUCGCAUCAACAUGGUACAGACAGAGGAGCAGUACAUCUUUAUUCAUGAUGCUAUUCUAGAAGCUUGCCUGUGUGGAGAAACUGCCAUUCCUGUCUGCGAAUUCAAAGCUGCUUAUUUUGAUAUGAUUAGAAUAGACUCCCAGACAAACUCUUCGCAUCUCAAAGAUGAGUUUCAGACCCUGAAUUCUGUGACCCCUCGCCUGCAAGCGGAGGACUGCAGCAUAGCCUGCUUGCCAAGGAACCAUGACAAGAACCGCUUCAUGGAUAUGCUGCCACCUGACAGAUGUCUGCCUUUCUUAAUUACUAUUGAUGGGGAGAGCAGCAACUACAUCAAUGCUGCUCUUAUGGACAGCUACAGGCAGCCAGCAGCUUUUAUUGUCACACAACAUCCUUUACCAAACACUGUGAAAGAUUUCUGGAGAUUAGUGUAUGACUACGGCUGUACUUCUCUUGUGAUGUUAAAUGAAGUCGACUUAGCACAGGGCUGCCCGCAAUACUGGCCCGAGGAAGGGAUACUGCGGUAUGGUCCCAUCCAAGUGGAAUGCAUGUCGUGUUCAAUGGACUGCGACGUCAUAAACCGAAUUUUCAGGAUAUGCAAUCUAACAAGACCACAAGAGGGCUAUUUGAUGGUGCAGCAAUUCCAGUAUUUGGGAUGGGCUUCUCACAGAGAUGUACCAGCUUCCAAGAGAUCCUUCUUGAAGUUAAUUCUCCAGGUUGAAAAAUGGCAAGAGGAAUGUGAAGAAGGAGAGGGCCGGACCAUCAUCCAUUGCCUAAACGGCGGUGGCCGGAGCGGCAUGUUCUGUGCCAUCGGCAUUGUGGUUGAGAUGGUAAAAAGGCAGAACGUGGUGGACGUUUUCCACGCUGUGAAGACUUUGCGGAACAGUAAGCCCAACAUGGUAGAAACGCCGGAGCAAUAUCGCUUCUGCUACGAUGUUGCACUGGAGUACUUGGAAUCCUCUUAGUCAGAAUGGAUGUGACAAAGUUCACCAAAUACAUGAAUCUCAAUAAGCUGUUUUGACAACAGUUCUUGAUCCUGUGAAGAAAGAUUUUAGGGGAAGAGGGGGGCGGGAGGGAUUUUAAAUUUUAAAUGCAAAGUAUUUUUCUUAUGAAGUUGUGUAUCUUAAUAAAAGAACUCAAUCUGUUUCUAUGCUUGUAUACAGUAUCAACAUUUAGUGCCACAUAAAUACUAUUUAACAAAAACCAGAGUCAAAAGAGAUUUGCGCAAAUUAGGACUUUCAGUGUUGUAUAUGCAGCCGUCUCUCAAUUACAGUAGAGCGACCAUCUGUUGCAUGUAUCAAUAUUUCCUAUAUGGUAUUAAUUUUUCUUUUUUUUUUCUUUUGAUACAUUGUUAAAGUACAAUAACAGUGAAAAUUGAUAGUAAGGUUCAUUCUUUAUACGUUUC